AUGCCUACAGUAGCCACAGUUAAGGAAGUACAGGUUGAUGCAGUUACAUCCCCAGCACUCACUAACCUGUUGGCCCCUGCAAAAGAUGGUCAUGAAAUUUUUCCAUCAUUGGAUCAUCUGAAUGAAAAUGAGAAGACAAACAUUCAGAACCUUUUUCAAAAGUUCCCCAGUUUGUUCAGUAUAGACACCAUGGAUAUAGCUGUGUUUUUUCGUCCUUGGAUGCCCGCUCUGCCUAUUGGGCUGUUCCAGUUGAACCUGCAGAUAGGCCAAAGACAGCCUUCAGUGAUGGAGCUCGUGUCUGGCAAUUCAAAAGGAUGCCAUAUGUGUGAGAUUGCUGUUAGGAAGUUCAAAUUUCUGGGAUUUGAGGUGUCGGCAGAGGGGAUUCUUCCUGAUCCAGAGAAGGUACAUGCCAUAACAGAGAUGACAUACCCAAAGGAUGUCCGAGGCAUUAGGAGGUUUCUUGGUGCUGCAGGAUUUUUCCGACGACACAUUGCAAAAUUUUUCUAA